AUGGCGCUACCAGAAGACUUCUGGAUACCUGUUCCCCUGGACACCAACAACCUCACGGCAUUGAGUCCUUUCCUGGUUCCACAGGACCACCUGGGGGACUUGUCCCUCUUCUAUGGCAUGGCAGGAUUCAUGUUCUUCAUAUUUAUUUUUGGCACUGCCAUUAACGUCCUCACCAUUGCCACCACUAUCCAAUACAAGAAGCUCCGGUCCCACCUUAACUACAUCCUGGUGAACUUGGCCGUGGCAAACCUCCUCGUGGCCUGCGCGGGCUCCUUCACUGCGUUCGUCUCAUUUGCAGCCAGAUAUUUCGUCUUUGGAACACUAGGAUGCAAGGUUGAAGGUUUUUUGGCAACGCUUGGAGGUAUGGUGAGCCUGUGGUCUCUCGCUGUGGUAGCGCUUGAAAGAUGGCUGGUCAUCUGCAAGCCACUUGGUCAGUUUAUUUUCCAGCCUGGCCAU